AUGAGCGGAAGCGAGGCGACCACAGGACUGCUGGAUGUGAGUCGAUUGCCAGUACGCAACAUCGUAGCAUCUCCUGAGCCAUCCGAAUCAGGCAGCCCAUCCACCACUCCCACCCAAAAGAGAAUAUCAUUGGCAUUCCCUGCAGCUGCCAUCUCAUCAUCCAUACUACACCCAGCACACUCACAGGACAAUAAGCCAGACAAUACAAUCUCACAUUCAGACAUGUCCCCCGCUCCAGUUACCACCCUCCUAGACGACAUGGACGAAGACACUGUCAUAUAUGCCAGCACUGAUCCAUCAUCCUCACGUACCGACGAUCAGGACUCGGACGAGGACGAAUCUUCCACUACAAACAUAUCUACCGAUGAUAUAAAACCAGCAUCUUCAACUAGCACAAGCACUUCCAGUACUGCCAUCACUACAAACCCUAUACCGCAACAAACAAACGAACCAGCUGGGUAUAGACCACCGCACGAUCCAAGAGCUGGCUUCUCCAUUGGGUUUGCUGAGGAUCGGAAUAGAAGGCAUCGUCGUACCAUGGAGGAUGCUCAUGCCUUUAUUUCUAAUUUCUUGGAUGUGCCCGGUCAAGGCUACUUUGCUGUGUUCGAUGGACAUGCUGGAAAGGGUGCUGCUGAAUGGUGUGGACAGCAUUUCCACGAGACACUACAAGGCCUCCUCCAAAAUAGCAGCACAACAAUACCCGAAAUACUCAACGAGAGCUUUACAUCAACCGACAAACAACUCGCAGCACGACCAGGAAUGUUUUCAGGAUGUACAGCUGCAGUCGCACUCCUUAGAGUCGAAGAUUGCGAUUUCGAAUCAUCGUCUGGGUCAUUGCAAGAUGUGAAUAUGGAUUCGUCUACGACAAGUAGUGGUGGUGAUUUGCCGAAAAAAGUGAAUGGACAGGCGUCUGUCAAAAGGCGAGUAUUGUAUACAGCUAAUGCUGGAGAUGCCAGAGUAGUGUUGUGUCGCAAUGGUAUCGCAGAAAGACUGUCAUACGAUCACAAGGGCUCGGACUUAUCAGAACAGAAGCGCAUAACUGAAUCUGGUGGAUUUGUUCUCAACAAUCGUGUCAAUGGUGUACUAGCUGUCACAAGAUCGCUCGGUGAUGUUGCUAUGAAGGAAUGGAUUAUAGGGAAUCCGUAUACAGUGGAAACACCUAUAAUUGAGACGGAUUCUUUCAUGAUUGUUGCUUGUGAUGGGCUAUGGGACGUAUGUACAGAUCAAACUGCAGUCGACCUAGUAUUGAACACACUAGAUCCACAAAAGGCUGCUGAAGAACUACUAGCCUACGCAUUGGAGCACUGGUCGACCGACAAUCUGUCUGUGAUUGUGAUUCGACUGGAUCCGAAUUGGAAGUAUGAUUCGCAGCCUGCCAAAGCUAUCGUUACGGCUUCAGGACCUAUUAUUGGCUAA